GGGAGAGCACGAUUGGGAGCACCUCGCCUUUCAGCCCUGGCCAUUGACGAUGACAGCACGAACUUUGAACGAGGGCAGACCGAGAGUUGCUGUAGUUGGCGCUGGUGUGUCUGGGAUCAACAUGGCGUUAGUUCUCAAGGACAAAAUGAAGUACGAUAACUUCGUGAUCAUCGAAAAGUGCGAUGCCAUUGGAGGAACCUGGAGGGAUAAUGUAUACCCUGGCUGCGGUUCUGACGUUCCUGGCCACUUCUACUCGCUUUCGACAGAGCUGAACCCUGAUUGGGGCUCGUAUUAUGUGACACAGCCCGAAAUCCUGUCCUAUUGGAAGAACAUUUGGGCCAAGCACCAUCUCACUGACUACACCUGGUUCAACACCGAAGUCCUCUCCGUCGAGUGGAGCGCCGACCGUCACGCGUACCGCAUGCGAUACCGCGAUACCAAAACGGACGAGCACAAGGAGACCUGGGUGGAAGUCGUGAUUGGGGCCGCCGGCCCGUUUCCCUCUGCGCUCAUCCCCGCGGACUUGAAGGGCGUCGAGAACUUCAAGGGGCCUUCGUGGCACUCGCUCUCCUGGCGAAAUGACGUCGACCUUGGAGGGAAGCGCGUCGGUGUGAUUGGGAAUGGAUGCUCAGCGUGUCAACUUAUACCCCAAAUUUCGGAAGAUCCCUCUGUCGAAGUGGUCAACUUUUGUCGGACGCCGAGUUGGUUCGCGCCUCGUGAACAAUUCAAGUACCCGCGAUGGGUGAAAUGGGCUUUCCGCAAUGUACCAGGUGUUAUGCGCGUUUAUCGCACUCUGAUGAUGGUUUCGCGUGAAAUCGUCUACUACGGAUUCGUCAAAGACAGUCUUUUCAUGCGGAAAGUCAUACUGAGUGUCCUCACGAAAUAUCUGAAAAGAACUGCUCCAAAGGAAUACCACGACAAGUUAAUACCUUCAUACCCACCAGGAUGCAAGCGCAUCAUAGUUGACCCAGGGUACCUCGAAGCCUUGUAUCGACCGAAUGUUUCAUUAGAAUGGACUGGGAUCGAGGAGGUUCUAGAAGACGGUGUACGCUUAAAAUCAGGCACCUUUGUCCCCCUCGACAUUAUCAUCUUCGGCACGGGAUUCGAAAUUCUCAACCGCAACAUGCCCAUCUUCGGCAUCAACGGUAAAUCUCUGAUGGAGUACUUCGACGACAAGGGUGGCCCACACGCCUACCUCGGCACCGCCUACCCGGACUUCCCCAAUUUCUUCACGCUCGUCGGGCCCAACGUCGCGACGGGCCACUCGUCCGUCCUCUUCGCUGCCGAGACGCAGGCGCACUACAUCGCGCGCAUUCUCUCGCACACCGUGCUCUCGCCGGGUUCGGGCGGCGCACAGAGUGUUGCGCCGAAGGCGUCCGCGACGGACGCACACAACGCGUGGGUGGAGAAGCGGCUGGAGAACACGGUGUGGACGGAGUGCCUGUCGUAUUACCGGAGGGUGGAUAGGGAUGGGAAGGGGGCCGGGAGGAAUGCGGCGAUUUUCCCGGGGACAAUGAUCAAGUUCUGGAGUAUGAUGAGGAAGGUGAGGUGGGCGGAUUGGAAUGUGGAGCGCUCCGAAAAGUAA